UCCGUUGUAGUUAACAUUCCCGCCACCUUCUUUGGUUAAACCCUGAAAAACCCUAAUCACCAGUAGGGGCAUUUGUACAGAAAGCCACUGGUUUCUCAGUGAACCCGACGCAGAACAUGGAUUCCAACACUCUUAUGGGUCCCAUGGAAUUGAAGGUCAGAGAACUUCUAAAGGAGUUUCAGCUUGACUACUCCCCUGCUUUGGUUAAGCGCGUCGAGGACACAGUUUCUGCUAUCAAAAACGCAAUUAAGCUCAUCCCCGAUGACUCGAAGGUUACUGCGGAUGAAGCUCCGGGUUUUAUCAGCGAUAUUGGCGCGGACAAAGUGGAAUUCAAAUUUAGGAAGCCAAAUUCAAUUAAAAUUGGUGGUAGCUAUGCCUUUCGAGGCAUUGCAAAACCUGAUGUAAAUGUAGAUCUUUUAGUUGGCUUGCCAAAGGAGUGUUUCCAUGAGAAAGACUACCUGAAUUACCGGUACUAUGCCAAAAGGUUCCUUUACCUUUGCACAAUCAAGAAAUAUUUGAACUCAUCUUUAGUGCUUUCUAAGGUUGAAUGGUCUACACUUCAGAAUGAGGCUCGAAAACCCAUCUUAAUUGUCUAUCCAGCUUUGGAAGGACUCAAGGUAGCUCCUGGAUUUUUUGUCAGAAUAAUUCCAACAAUAGCAGGAUCCUUUUUCAGCAUUUCAAAGUUGAAUAUCAAACGAAACAAUAUCCGUGCCUUGAAUCAAGGGAGCUUACUUCAAGCUACACCUAAGUAUAACACUAGCAUUUUGGAAGAUAUGUUCUUCGAGGAUACUGCAGAAAUGGUUAAGACGCCUUUUCUUGAAUCAAAAGAUUUGGUAGAGACGUUAAUUCUACUGAAGGUUUGGGCUCGGCACAGGGCUCCAAUAUAUGUUCAUGAUUGCUUGAGUGGAUUCUUAAUAGCUGUAAUAUUAUCAUACCUCGUUAACCAAAAUAUAAUAACUCAUUCAAUGACUGUGAUCCAGAUGUUUCGUGUUGCAGUAAAAUUUAUGGCCACUUCGAAUUUAUGGAAUCGUGGACUCUAUUUUAAGCUUGGACCUCAGAGCACUAUUUCAAAGGAGGAAAAGAAGCAAUAUAAAGAUCUAUUUCCUGUGGUUAUAUGCAAUCCGUCAGCCAACUUUAACAUUGCAUUUCGAAUAUCACAAUCAGGUUUUGCUGAGCUUCAAGAUGAGGCUGCUCUGGCACUUGCAUGUUUGGAGAAGUGCAGAAAUGGUGGAUUUGAGGAGAUUUUUAUGACCAAAAUUGACUUUGCUGUUAAAUAUGACCAUUGCAUUAGAUUGAAUUUGAGGGGACAAGACAAGUUAUACGCAUCAGGCUUUUGUUUGGAUGAUGAGUGUUGGAGACUGUAUGAACAGAAAGUGCAUGGACUUUUAAGUCAAGGUCUGGCUGAUAGAGCAAAAUUCAUUCGUGUUUCCUGGAGCAACACUGAAGCUGGACGUAAUAUUGAAAAUGGUUUAUCAGUAUAUGGUACGCAACCAUUGCUUGUUGGAAUUUCAAUCAGCUCCGUGGAAAAAGCUUUUCGUGUGGUUGAUAUUGGUCCUGAUGCUGAAAACAAAGAAGAGGCCCUAAAAUUUCGUAGAUUUUGGGGUGAAAAGGCUGAGCUCAGGAGAUUUAAAGAUGGCAGAAUUGCCGAAAGCACAGUUUGGGAAACUGAUCAAUGGACAAGGCAUCUCGUUUUAAAGAGAAUUGCGGAAUAUGUUCUUGUUCGACAUCUUUCACCAAUAUCAAAAGACCAUAUUAUGCAUGCUGUGGAUCAGAUUGAUUUCUCCCUGCUCCAUGGUUCUGGAGAUCCUAUAACAUUUUCUGGAAAUUUGCUCGCGGCUUUUGAAGUUUUAUCAAAGCGCUUGCGUUCAAUUGAAGACAUUCCUUUGAAGGUGUCUGCUGUACAGCCUUUAGACCCAGCUUUCAGGUAUACAUCUGUCUAUCCUUCUGAACCUCACCCACUAGCAGAAGAGAAGGCAAGUGAUCCACGAAUACAACGGAAGGUUGCCUCAUCCUGCAUCCGGCCACUAGACGUUAUGAUUCAGCUGGAAGGCUCUGGGAACUGGCCAACUGAUGAGGUUGCAAUUGAAAAAACCAAAACGGCCUUCCUUCUUAAAAUUGGAGAGAGUCUGCAGAACGUCUGGGGGAUGAGGUGUAUUGCUUCUGAAGAUGCUGUUAACGUACUUGUCUCUGGUUAUGCUUUUCAUCUAAAAAUUUGGCACGAAAGAGGCCUGAGUUUGUUGAAUAAGGAAUUUGGAAGUGAUUUAUCAAAUUGGAUCUCCUCAACAGAUAAGAAACUUUUUGUUCAAAGUCAGCAUUCUAGCAUGAUUAGUGGAUUACAGGCUCGUCACUCAAUAUAUGGACCGGUUGUUAGGUUGGCAAAAAGAUGGAUAGCCUCACAUUUCUUUUCAGCUUGCUUGGUAGAGGAAGCAGUCGAACUGUUGGUAGCAUCAAUUUUCCUGAAGCCUCUACCCUUCCAUGCACCACUUUCUCGAAUCACAGGUUUUCUAAGGUUCCUAAGAUUACUGUCAGAGUAUGAUUGGACUUUUUCUCCACUGGUUAUUGACAUAAACAAUGAUUUGGGUGCAAACGAGGAGAAAGAAAUAGCUGAUAAAUUUAACCUGACUCGAAAAGACUUUCAAGAAAAUCCACAAACUGCAAGUCCUGCCAUGUUCUUAGCAACAGCUUAUGACAAGGCAUCUGAGGCUUGGACCACGUUCUUUCCAAAACCACUGGAGCUAAAAAGGCUGGUUGCUUAUGCUAGAAGCAGCGCAGAUUUGUUGACAAGACUAAUAGUGCAGCAACAGGUCGAUUCUUACCAGUGGGAGUGCAUUUUCCGAACUCCAUUGACCAACUACGAUGCCGUUAUUCUUCUCCACCGAGACAAAUUACCUUACCCACAACGUCUUCUCUUCCCGUCUGAACUGAACCAAGGAAUUCAUGUCGCAAAAGGGGAUCCUAGCAAGAUAUUCUCUCCAUUCUUGUUGCCUAGAAACUUGAAACCAAAUUCUGAAGACAUAAAGAAUAAGCUUUUGGUAAAUUUUGAUCCAUUAAGGUGUUACAUUGCAGAUUUGCAGAAAGAAUUCUCCAGCACUUUCAACAUAUGGUAUGACUCUUUGGGAGGUGACGCAAUUGGUCUAACAUGGGGGCAACAUAAUUCGAAGAAGCGUGGACGUGAUGAAGCUGUCGAGGCAGAAAAAGAACCGGCUGAGGUGCUAAAAGCUGUUGGUGAAACUGGCAAGGGCUUAAUGAGGAGCAUCUACCUACUCAAGGCUCCAAAGCUCAUAUGAUCUAAAGCUUUAAUGGCAAGGAAUUACAGUGCUGUUGUCUUCAAUUGUUGUAAUAGAUUAGAUGGGAGCUUAGUGUUUUAGGUCUUAUUAUUCAUCUGAUGAUGUUUUCCCUCAUCCUAAGGUUGGAAAUUUUGUAGGGUAGUUAAAUGAGCUAUGGUACAAAGGGUGCUUACUAACUGAAUACUUAUUCAAAUGUAUAUUUUAUUAUUGUUGUAUUGAUAUUAUUGAAGAUUUUGGGUG